AUGAGUAUAAGAUAUUUAGCUGGAGCAAGAUUACCGACAUCUGUCUUACAUAUCAAACCUAAAUCUCCUUCGCCAUCGUCGCCGUUAUUCGUAUGGAUUCCUGGUAAUCCCGGUAUUGUUCAGUACUAUGAAGAAUUUUUGAAUCUAUUGCAUGAGAAAUAUGAUUCGUUCGAGAUCCUAGCUAUCUCUCAUGCUGGUAUGGCAACAGAAGAUCCUGACUUGCAGAAACGUAAAGCCACGAUUUACACAUUGGACGAUCAGAUUCAACAUAAAGUGGAAAUCAUCAAUCAAUUCUCGGCGAAGGAUAGACCCUUGAUAGUAAUGGGCCAUUCUGUUGGUGCAUAUAUGGCUCAACAUGUAGUUUUAGCUGAGAAACUAUUAGGCAGAGUCGUUAAAUUGGGCCUUAUAACGCCUACCGUUGUCGAUAUUCAUCGUUCUCAGAAGGGAACUCAGCUUACAAGAGCAUUUUACUGGGUCAAGUAUUUGCCAGAUAUUGCAGCAUGGGUAAGUGACAUGUUAUUCAACAAGCUAUCAUCCAUCAUGUUCACAGACCAAGUUAUAUCGCUUUUCAUGGGGGUAGAUAAGGAAAGUGUACCUGUGGCUACAUCUAAAUCUUUAGUACAAAAUCCAGAAAUCAUCAGACAAGCGUUAGGGUUAGCCGCCUUGGAAAUGCAACAAAUUAGAGGUUGUUGGCCAUUCCAAAAGAAACUAAUCGACCACUGUAAUUCGAACGAAAUUGAAACGAAGUUUGUUUUCAGCGCUAACGAUCCAUGGGUUUCUAACGCUACGAGAGAAGCUCUUAUGGUAUUCUAUAGGGAAAACUAUAGAGAUCGUAAUUUAGAAAUUUCUGUUUCUCAAGACCUCGCUCAUUCCUUCAUUGUUAAACAUUCCAAAUACAUUGUUGAUGAAUACUUUUAG